AUGUAUCAAGGUGGUUCAGCUCAACACCCAGUGAUGCCACCACAACAGCAAAAUCUACCUCAACAGAAUCAACGAGAUGGCAGGCAUCAUGCUAGCCAUUCUCAUGCUUCCCGAGGACCUCCAUCUGCUGAAGAAAUAGAAGCGAUGAAUGCAACGAGGGUAACUUCAAGCCUACUUGAAUAUAUACAAAAAACCAAAUUCCCUUAUAUGAAAGAUGUUAGUAGUUAUGAGAAGUUACAAAAAGUAGGACAAGGAACAUUCGGAGAAGUUUUUAAAGCAAGAUGUAAAACAACUAAUAGGAUGGUCGCUUUAAAAAAGAUUUUAAUGGAAAAUGAAAAAGAAGGGUUUCCCAUCACCGCCCUUCGAGAAGUCAAAAUGCUUCAGCAGCUGAAACAUGAAAAUAUAACAGAGCUGAUAGAAGUAUGCAGUGGGAAGACCUCAUCACAACUCAAAGAUAGAUCAACGUUCUAUUUGGUUUUUGCUUUCGCCGAGCAUGACUUGGCAGGGUUGUUAAGCGACUCCAAGAUUCGAUUCAGCAUGGUGCACAUCAAGACGUUAAUGAAAGUCGUACCAAGCUCAUGGAGAUUCAUCUUAUCCUCACCCCUUUUCAGCAUUUGUUAA